AUGAUCCCACGUUGCUCCGUAUGGAUUUCGGAGAACGGAUGGAUAACAAGGUCACCGUGCGCCACAGACAACGCCACAACUAUGAUUGGAUGUCAGGCCAUAUGUGCAGCCGACACGCGACCAGACAACCACGAAGCAUAAUCGCAGUUCUGCAAUAAUCUGAUCUUCGCAAUAUGUGUAGUACAGAGCAAGAGUCACAGAUAGUGAGUGUUUUGAGGCUUAUCGCAAACAGUCAGAGUCUCAAAUAGCCCGCUGAGUCACUCGUCGCGGGGCAUAAUUGGACAGCCCCGCGCUACCUUUCCACAAUUUCAAAGAACACACAACAGCGACUACACUUCUACUUUUCCGCGCAGCAACCCCCCCGCGCCAAUUGCAGUCGCCAUGGCGGAAUCCACAUACUACAUCGACGAAGACGUCGGCCAGGACAUCGACACGGCCGGCGCUGAGAGUACCCCCUUCAAGUCGCUCGGUUUCGGCGUCCUCACCCACGGCGAGUCCCACAAGUUCCUCACGCGCAAGAGCGUCACCGGCGAGGUGCCCGAAGGCUCGGACGCUUCGGCGCGUCUAGAAUGGAAGCCCGCCGCCAAAGCCGCCAUGAAGAAGGCCGUCAACUUCGCAAAGGCGCAAAAGAAGAAGGCAGAGAAGGCGGGGGAGCUGGAAGCACAGCAGGCAAAGCUUCUGGCAGAUCGCACCAAGGUCCUCGACGAGGCAAAGAAGAUCACACUUGAGGAGGACAAGAGCCUGCCUGCACCCCUUAGGAUCAAGCUCGACGAGACAGACCCGCAGAAGGUCACGCUGGGCGAUGGAAAGGAGAAGAAGGGGACGAGGGUGCGCAUAUUCGGAAGGGUGCAUCGCGAGCGGAGGCAGAAGGAGAACAUGUUCAUCACGUUGAGGGAUGGCUAUGGCUUCAUGCAGGUCAUUCUCCAGGGCCAGCUUGCGAAGACAUACGACGCCCUCACACUGACCCGUGAGACGAGCAUGGAAAUCCUCGGCGAGCUCAGGGAGGUCCCAGAAGGAGCCCACGCGCCCAACGGACGAGAGCUACAUGCGGACUACUACAAGAUUCACCCUGGUUGGCAGGCAGCUGGUGGUGACGACGCCAUCACCAACCGUGUCUCCAAGGACACCGAGCACGCAACAUUGCUCGACCUUAGGCAUCUUACGCUUCGUGGCGAGACGGCGUCAAAGGUCUUGAUUGUGCGAGAUGCUGUAGAGUGGGCUUUCCACGUUGCAUACAAGGAGCUCCGAUUCCGCAAAGUGAGCCCUCCAGCACUCGUGCAAACCAUGGUCGAAGGUGGUGCCACUCUGUUCGGCCUCCCGUACUAUAACGAAGAAGCCUUCUUGACCCAAUCGUCACAACUCUACCUCGAGACCUGCCUACCGUCAAUGGGUGACGUCUACUGCAUCGAGAAAUCUUUCCGUGCUGAGAAGUCCCUGACCCGACGGCAUCUGGCAGAAUACACUCACGUCGAGGCUGAGCUUGACUUUGUCCACUUCGACGACCUGCUCGACCAUCUGGAGACCCUCAUGUGCCGUGUCCUUGAGGUCGCCCUCGAGGACCCUACGAUCAAGCAGUACGUCAAGGAUCUCAACCCCGAGUUCCAGAUGCCCGAGCGACCGUUCAAGCGCAUGAAGUACUCUGAAGCCAUCGACUGGCUCGUUGAGCACAACAUUGAGAACGAGGAUGGCGAGCCCCACAAGUUCGGAGAUGACAUUGCCGAAGCUGCUGAGCGCAAGAUGACUGACAUCAUCAACCGGCCAAUCUUCCUCACGCAUUUCCCUACCGAGAUCAAGGCCUUCUACAUGCUCAAGGACAAGGAAGACCCGCGGGUGACGGAGAGUGUUGACUGCUUGAUGCCUGGCGUCGGUGAAAUUGUGGGCGGCAGCAUGAGAAUUGACCAGCACGAGGAGUUGAUGGCUGCGUUCAAGAGGGAGGGCAUCGAUCCUUCCAGCUACUACUGGUACACGGAUCAACGAAAGUACGGCAGCUCUCCCCAUGGCGGCUACGGUCUCGGUCUCGAGCGCUUCCUUGCAUGGCUCUGCAAGCAGCACACCGUCCGCGAUACUUGCCUAUAUCCCCGCUACUUCGGUCGCUGCAAGCCGUAGACAGCGUAUCAUCUACGCUUCUCCCUUUCUUUUCCUUGCCCAGCCCAAGCAAGACCUUUUCAUCCCAUAGAAACAGCGGCAUAGCUCCAC